AUGGGCGUUCGUCUAGGCUGCUUGAGCGACUCCCCGUGGUGGCCGCCGCCGCCGAAGCUGCUGCUGCUGCUGCUGUUCUGCACUGUCCCCUGCUGUUUGGGCCGGCCGUUUGGGAUUCCCACGCCCUCCGUGAACGUGGCGGUGGUGUUCAGCGGCUCGGCCUACCAGACAGAGAUUAAGGGGCGGUUAAGCCGGGAGAACUUCAUGGACCUGCCUCUGGAGGUUAACCCCAUCACUGUGCUGGUCAACAACACCAACCCACGGGCACUGCUCACCCGCAUCUGUGACACCCUAUCCACCAACCGCGUCCAUGGCGUGGUGUUUGAGGACAACGUUGGCUCGGAGGCCGUGGCACAGAUCUUGGACUUCAUUUCCACUCAGACAGCUGUGCCCAUAGUGGGUAUCAGUGGAGGCUCUGCUGUCGUCCUGCCAUACAAGGGCGAAGGCUCCAACUUCCUCCAGCUGGGCUCCUCCAUCGAGCAGCAGAUCAAUGGCAUGUUCAAGGUGAUGGAGGAGUACAAUUGGGACAGCUUUGUGGUCAUAACCAGCCUCUACCCGGGCUAUGAAAGCUACGUGGAUUACAUCAAGUCCUUCACUGACACCAGCUACUUCAUAUGGGACCUGCAGGACGUGCUGACCUUUGACAUGUCCGCCGACGGCAUGAACGACAUCCGGGCACGAAGGCUGCUGCAGCAGAUCGACGCCCAGGUGUUGUUGGUCUACUGCUCGCACGAGGAGGCCCAGUACCUGUUUUCCAUGGCGGCCGAGGCCGGCUUGGUGGGGCCAGGCUACAUCUGGAUUAUCCCCAGCCUGGCUGUGGGAAACCCCGACAUCCCCCCACCCGACAGCUUCCCCGUGGGGCUCAUCAGCAUCAUCACAGACCGGUGGAGGAUGAGCCUGAGAAAGAGGGUGCGGGACGGGGUGGCCAUCGUGGUGAAAGGCGUGCAGAGCUUUCAGAAACAGAGGGGCUUCAUUCCCGAGGGCCACAGUGACUGUCACAACCCCGUCAAGCCACCAGUUGCUAAUGACACUCUGUUCAGGCACAUGUUGAAUGUGACCUGGGAACAUAAUGACUUCUCCUUCAACAACAACGGUUACCUGGUGAAUCCGGCCAUGAUAAUUAUCACUCUGGACAGAGAGAGGCAGUGGGACAAGGUCGGGACCUACGAGAUGGGGAUCCUUCAGAUGAGAUAUCCCGUGUGGCCGCGGUACGGCUCCUACCUGGAGCCGGUGUCGGAUUACAGGCAUCUGACGGUGGCCACGCUGGAGGAGCGGCCCUUUGUCAUUGUGGAGGCAGUGGACCCGGUAACCGGCACAUGCGUCAGCAACACUGUGCCCUGCCGUCGACAGUCCAACAAAACGGAGGCUAUUGUGGGUCACACUGAGCCAUACACAAAACUGUGCUGUAAGGGCUUCUGCAUAGACAUCCUGAAGAAGUUGUCCCGCACCAUUAAGUUCUCCUACGACCUCUACCUGGUCACCAACGGAAAGCACGGCAAACUGGUCCGGGGCAUUUGGAACGGGAUGAUCGGAGAGGUGUUCUACAAGCGGGCGGACAUGGCCAUCGGCUCGCUGACCAUAAACGAGGAGCGCUCGGAGAUUAUUGACUUCUCAGUGCCGUUCGUGGAAACGGGGAUCAGCGUCAUGGUGGCCAGAAGUAACGGGACUGUCUCACCAUCUGCCUUUUUAGAACCGUACAGUCCAGCGGUUUGGGUGAUGAUGUUCGUCAUGUGUCUGACUGUUGUGGCUAUCACAGUCUUUGUCUUCGAAUACUGCAGUCCAGUCGGGUACAACCGCAGCCUGGUCAGUGCCAAAGAGCCCGGAGGUCCCACCUUCACCAUUGGGAAGUCAGUGUGGCUGCUGUGGGGAAUCGUCUUCAAUAACUCUGUCCCCAUUGAGAAUCCAAAGGGCACCACCAGUAAGAUCAUGGUCCUGGUCUGGGCCUUCUUCGCUGUCAUCUUCCUAGCUUCCUACACAGCCAAUCUGGCGGCCUUCAUGAUCCAGGAGCAAUACAUCGACACCGUCUCCGGACUGAGUGACAAAAAGUUUCAAAAGCCACAGGAGCAGUACCCUCCGUUCCGCUUUGGUACGGUCCCAAAUGGCAGCACAGAGCGCAACAUAAGGAGCAACUACCCUGAGAUGCACUCCCACAUGGUCAAAUACAACCAGAAGGGAGUAGAGGAUGCCCUUAACAGUCUCAAAACAGGGAAACUGGAUGCCUUUAUCUACGAUGCUGCUGUGCUGAAUUACAUGGCUGGCAAAGAUGAGGGCUGCAAGCUGGUGACCAUUGGCAGUGGGAAGGUGUUUGCUACCACUGGUUAUGGCAUCGCCCUGCAGAAGGAUUCACGAUGGAAACGACCCAUCGACCUGGCCCUGCUCCAGUUCCUGGCCGAUGGUGACACUCAGAAGCUCCAGACCGUAUGGCUCACAGGCAUCUGCCGUAAUGAGAAGAAAGAGGUGAUGAGCAGUAAGCUGGACAUCGACAAUAUGGCGGGGGUCUUCUACAUGCUCCUUGUUGCCAUGGGCCUGAGCCUGCUGGUUUUUGCUUGGGAACAUCUGCUCUACUGGAAACUACGACAUUCAGUCCGCAAAUCAGAGCGCCUGGACUUCCUCCUAGCUAUCAGUAGAGGCAUAUACAGCUGCUUCAAUGGAGUAGAGCAAACUGACCGCAACGGGAGCAUGCAGAGUCCGGACGUCACUACCAACUAUACACAAGCCAAUAUGCUAAAGAUGCUGAAGACAGCCAAGGACAUGGUGUCCUCUGCCAGAGUGGAGAACUCUCUGGAUAACGCCACCAAAACAAUAGAGAACUGGAGCAGGCGGGGUGGCGACAAUGUGCGGGCUGGCCUGCCACCCAGAGUGACAGCCGCAGACAUGACCCAUGGUCGUCUACCCUACAUCUCCAGCAUCACUGACAACCACUCACCAUACCCUCAGAGGGCCCUCACACCCACAUUCCCAGUUCAUUACGGGGACACCUCGACCCAGCCCCUCCUCGACAAGCCCCGCGUGGUGACCCGGCCCACCCCACUCCGCUACACGCUACCCGUUCGCAGCAGUCAGCAUGUCUUAGAGAGGACUCUGCCCAUCUCCAGCCUCAGCAGCCCUCACAUCGCUAUGAGGGACCCUGCUCCCUCCGGUACACCUAAUCCCCACCACAGCAGCAGGCUGUAUGUGGAGAACCAGGCCCGGCACCCCACGUCCCCUUUUGUUCCUUACAGGGAGUUUCAGGUGCCCGAUAUCUACCUGGAGCACAAAGGACCGCUGAGGAGGAAGUUUAGCUACCCCCCUGACUGUGUGAGCCGGAGGAGGAGGUCCCAUAGCUAUGUGUUUGAUGCUGCAGACCCCAGAGUGAGAGGUGAAUAUGAUGAACCACGAUCCUGCCUUGCUGAGUUGAGGGCCACUCACCUCUUGAACAACCAUGCUCCUGAUGCUGCUGCCAUGGCCUGCACUGCAAGACACUACCCAGGCGGCAGCACCAGCUGCAGCUCCUGUAUGAAGUCUUAUCUGGAGCCCGAAAUGGAUAAUGUACCACUCCUGGGCAAGGACAAACUCAACCGCCGCGCCUCGUUUCUCAGAGCCACGUGGGGCAACGACAGGAUCCAUCAGGUAGAUGAAACAAAGCCCUCCACAUCCACGUCUCCCUCCACCCGCGUAGACAUGCCUGACCUGUUUCCACGGGUGGUAGUGGCCAACCCAAAGCCCCACAAGUUAUACGGUAGUCUGGGGCACAACCUGUCCUGCUACCCCUUGGCCGCUGAGCCUGCCUACUUGGACCCAGCCCACAUGGGCUCCUACCCCUACAAGCAAAAGCUCAAGUACUCUGAGUCCACUCGGCUGCCCUCGUACAGGGAAGCCAUCCUACAGAAUGCCGCUGCCCUGCGCCGCUCCUCCUCCACAGUGGUGCACAGACACUACUCCACCUACCUGAACUCGUACACAGACUUACCAGUGUAUGUGGGGCCACUGGCCCAGGGACCGUCCCACUUGUAUGAUGGUUCCAAGGACAUGUGCCACUUGUUUCCCUGUACAAGCCACUGCCCGGAUAAUGCAGCAAUGCUGCCUCGUAUGAGUGACAGGGAGGUGGUUUACCACAGCAAUAUGUUUGGAGCCUAUGAUGGCACAGGAAAGAGGGAAGACCCAGGCCCUGGGAACAGAGAGCGGAGGCAGGUGUUGGUUGCACGGAGAGUCAACAGUCCCUAUGUGCCAAAGCCCUGGGGCAGGGUAUCCAGCCUGGAGUCUGAGGUCUGA